AUGAACUUGGAAAAUGCGCAUCAAGUGCCUGUCGGGGCUCCUAGCUCUGUCGAAGGACCUCCAUUGGACGGCUUUACCAAAGGUUCCGCCAGCGGCUCACCACCGAUUGUUCUGACUCCGUCUCAACAACAGCUAAAUCAUAAUGUACAUGACGAUUUAUUCCCAAGCAGCGAGAUGGCGAUGUUCCUCAUUGAGGUUUACUUCUCUCGAGCUUAUAACGCCACUCUGCUAUAUCACAAAGAACGUUUUGUUUCUCACUGGAUUAGGCGUCGCCUUCCGAGCUUCAUUGCCCUCAGCAUAUUUGCGACUGCGUCAAUCUUCCUGAGAAACGGCCAGUCCUCGAAUCCUCCCCUUACACUUGCCGACUCAGCCCAUGACUGGGAGAAAGUGGGCGCAGACUGGGCAAACCGAGCCUCUCAGCUAGUCCUGGCGCAUGCAGAUAUUCCCAGUCUGGAGACCGUGCAAGCUUGUCAAACCCUCGUUCUCUAUUGGCUCGCUCAUGGACAGACUCAACGCGUCAAUAUACAUGCGAACGUCGCCUAUCGAGUAUGUCGCCUGCUUGGCAUUAAUCAAGAAUCCGCCGCCGAUGACCCAAUAACAGCUGAGCAGGAAAGACGCUGCCUGUGGGCUUGCUGGAUCACUCAAUGUAUAAGUCAAGACAACGCCACAUUCAAGGGUCGCUGCUGGAAUGACAUUGCGGGCAUUCCACUGCCUGCCACUGAGAUAUCUUACAUUAGAAGCGAGCCUUGCCCCUAUGAAUAUCUCACGAGCGAUGGAGAGGUGGGGCAGAUACCUCAGUCUUCUUUGGAGCAUCCAGACACUUGGUCUCCCAUGUCAGAGCUGGUGAAACUCGCUGGAUACUGGUGGGAAAUUCACGACUUUGUCAAGCAAACAUCAAACUGCACCCCUGUCGAAGCCAAACGCCAUCUAGCAUCUUGGAUGAACAUUUCAUCACGACUGGAGAAGAUUCAAGAUGCUUUGCCAACACUAUACCGGCAAAGACCAGCGCUCUCGCGUCAUUCAGAUGUCAACAUUGAAACGUUGUUCUCGUUACUAUGUCUUCAGCAUGCCUGUGCCUGUGUGUUGGUGAGAGACCCAGCCCAGUUCGCUAGCCUUAUGACUUUCAGUCUCUGA